AUGGUCCAAAAAAGGAAGUUAAUGUUUUUUAUUAAAAUUAAUGUAUUUAUUUUUUUAACUUGGAUAAGUCAUAUUGAUGAUAAUAAGGGUAUCAUUGAUAAACAUUUCUAUAAAACGAUUAACGUUUAUAGAAUAUUAAGUACAAAAUCCUUUGGAUUUUUUAGAAAAUUUAAAGAAGGGGAUUCGAAUAUGGUAAGUGUAAAAGAAGAUAUCUCUACUAUUAAUGGAGGAAACAAAAUUUAUAAAUCUAAUAAUAUGAAAGAAACCGAUGAAACAAAUUUACAGUCAAAUGAAAGUUUAUUAAAUAGUGAAGGUGCUUGCGAAUUAUAUGAGAAAAUUAUACCAUCUGUACAUAUCGAAAAAGAUUCAUGUUUUAAAAAUAAUGUCUUAGGCAAUAUGUCUUUUAAAAAUGAAGAUAAGAGCGUUAUGAAUCCUAAUAAUGAGAAUAUUAAAAAGAAGUCAUAUAUUAAAUAUGUUUUUCUUUUUGUUUUGCCUAUGUUGCUUCCAUUAGCUGAAUUGAUAAUGCACUUAUAUGAAACGUUGUCGUGGUCUGAUUAUUAUGGUAGUUCGACUGAUGCAUUAUCAAUUAUGUCAAUAGUAAAUAUAGGAGUUAUGUCAACAUUAACAUUCAUAGUUAUAAUAUUUAUUAUUUUUAUCUGUAUAAGCCUUAAAAAAGGGAAAAAUGAAGCAUUUAAAAUAUGA